CCUCCACCCCCACCCCUCCUCCCCACAUGGACUCAUCCCUCUACGGGGCACUAUAAAAAGUCUGCUCUUGCUGAAGUUGUUCAGUUUCGUCAAGAACUCCACCAGACCACCAUCAUGAAGUUUGUGGCUCUCGCUCUCACCCUGCUGCUGGCUGUCGGCUCUCAGGCCGCUUCCCUGCAGGCUGAUGCUCCCUCUCAGCUGGCACACUUGCGGGCUGCUGUGGAUGUCUACAUGAACCAGGCAAAGGACAGUGCCAACAAAGCCCUCGCACAUCUCGAUGACACUGAGUACAGGGAACUCAAGACCAUGCUCUCUCAGCGCAUGGAAGAUAUGUACAAUCAGAUCAAAGCUCUGCAGGGAGCUGUUUCCCCCGUCACUGACAACAUUGUCAACACCAUCUCUGAUGCCACCGCUGAGUUCCGUGCCUCUGUCAUAAGCGAUAUUGAUGCCCUGAAGGCCGAAAUUGAACCCAAGCGUACUCAUCUGAGGGAAGUUGUUGCAAAACACAUUGAAGAGUACCGUACCCAGUUGGAGCCCAUCAUCACAGAGUACCAAACCAGGCACGCAGCUGAGAUGGAAGCUCUGAGGGUCAAGCUGGAGCCCGUAAUGGCGGAGCUGCGUACCAAGGUGGCUACCAACGUGGAAGAGACCAAGACUGCCCUGAUGCCCAUUGUGGAGUCUGUGCGUAACAAGCUUACUGAGCGUCUGGAGAACCUGAAGCAGAUGGCAAGUCCCUAUGUUGAGGAAUACAAGGAGCAGUUGAAGCAAGCCUACAGCCAAGCACAGUCCAUCAACACUGAUGAGCUCACUGCCCUGAAGGAGAAGAUUACACCUUUAGCUGAGGAUGUCAAGCAAAAGCUCCAUGACAUCUUCGAGGCCAUUGCUUCUACUCUCACCAAGAGCUAAAUUCUUUCUACUCUGUCUCUAUAACUAACCUCCCCUACGUGCCUGUCCUAGAUCCAUUCCCCCUUUCUCUCCAUUCCAUCUCUCCUCACGUGCACAUGCAGGCCACCUCCUAAAAUGAAGCUCAUGCCUAAAUGAUGUACUUCUUAGCAACAAAAUGGCAGGACUCUUGCUCUCUGUCUCCCAUCCAAACACCUUACUUCAUGCGCACAUGCUCAAGCACAUGCAAGCAAACACAUACACAGACACAUAUAUGCUUUGUUUAACACACAAACGCUUUACUCUUUGCAUACCACAGUCAACUACAUACAUUUUGUGUAUUAAUUGUGUGUGAAUUAUCACAAGUGAACCUCUGUGUAAUAAUGCUUGUCUGAAAUCUGUGCUAUGACGAAAUACAGCUCAAUAAACAUCUGACUGUUUAUACUA